AUCCAAUCUAGAAUUCAUUAAGCUCAACUCAAUCUGAAAGGGAAACAAAUUAAGUCAUGUUAUAAGUAAAUAAAUGAUUUAUGAAAUAUCGGCGUUUGAUUUGUUACAACUGUAGCUUUAAGAGAAAGCAAUACAUGUACUGUUGAUAGCUUCCGUAGAAAGCUGAAAACAAUUAAUGCAGAAAACUCAUUUUCUUUCUUCUUCUUCUCUCUCUGUUUUCUCUGUUUUUCUGGCGCUUUCUCUGCAUUUUGUUACCUACCAAACAGUUUUGUCAAUAAUAUAUCAGGUCCGGCCGGAUGGUGUAGUUCCGGACCAAAAACAUGCUGAAAUCCACAGCAAUGUCAGCUGCUGCCAAAAUUCCCCCAAAUCCAACCCUACCAAAAUUUCCUCUUAUCCUCCUAAUCUACCUUCCUCUUCUCCUCUUCUACUCUUCUACCAAAAUUUGGUGUUUUUUUCUAUUUUUUGGUUUUGGGCCUCUGCACUUAUAAACCCGAAAUCCGGAUUGGACGCCGGCAAUGAAGGCGAUGAUGGCGACGACGGCAAUGGGCACAGGCGAUCUUCCCCAAAAAUGACUCCAUUUCGGUUUGGCACGAGACAAACUUGAAGAUUGCCCAUGAAUAUAAACCCAAUUGCUAGAAACUAAAAUAUAGCAAUAAAGCUACCCAGAAACCCAAAAAAUAAAUGCAGAAUAAUACAGAGAAAUUGAGAUGGGGAAGAAAGGUUAUGGCUUUAAGAAUGGAAUUGGGGGAAAAUGCAUGUAUAGUAUGAGAUAAUAAAAUCCCAAAAACGAGAGCUGUUUUGGGUUUAGAUUUAUUUUUGGCUCUGGUUUUGUGUGUGUUUUUUUCCUUUUUUUAGCUUCUCGUUUUCUGAUUUCAGAAUUUUUUUUUUUUUUUUAUACCUUCAUUUUCUCACCCAAAAACCCACCAAGGCUUGGGGCUUGAUGGAACGGUGGGUAACAUGAUCUUGAAGUUUGUUGUAGCAGGGUAUUUGGGAGCCCAAAUGGUGGAUGGUUACUGGUUGCCGGAACGGUGGAAGCAAAGGAGAAGAGGAAGGCUGUGCGGCACAUGAUAGAGCGUUUUCUGGAAGGGAAAUUAUGAAUGUAAUCUAAACCCUUGAAUUUAAUCUAAAGAUCAAGAUUAAAAGCAUACUUUUGGAUCGAACUGUUAGGACCGAUCUGAUAAUAGGCACUCUAUAUAUAUAUAUAUAUAUAUAUAUAUACACAGAGCAUGAGGACCGACCGCAUGGGUUAUAUGCGGACAAAAAACAUGAGAGAAUAAAGACCAUUGGAUUUUCAUACCUGGCGUAACGGUCCAGAUGGAAUUGCAAUUCUCACGUGAGAAUUUUGGCAAAAUCUCCCAUUCCCGUUCACAGCAGCUCGCAUUCCCGCUCGCAUCAGCUGGAACCACCCUUGCCAAAAUUCCUCUUCUCCUCUGCUUCCAUCCCCUUCCCGCUCGCAUCUCCCCGUUCGGAACCAGCCCAACCAGCCACCCUUCGGAACCAGAAAGAGUCGCUGCCGUUAGUGCCUUGCCGUUGGAGUGUGGGUUCUUUGCCAUUCCUUCCUUCCUCUCCUUCAUUUUGAUUUUUUCUAUACCCCUGUUUGUGUUUUUAUGUUAUAUAUAUAUAUAUUUUCAUUCUGGUUCAGUUCUGUUCUUUUAAAAAAUAAUAAUAAUAAUGUUUCUCUUUUUGUUUCAUUGCUUUUAAAGUGUUUUUAUUUUUUAUUUUUUUGGGUAAUCACUUAAUGUAUAUAGUUAUUCUUAUUUACUUAGGCUUCUAGAAAUCAUAAUGUAAUAAACUCUUUUGAAUUAUUUUAUUUAUUCUAUGGAUCUCAUUGUUUACUGGGAGCAAAUAUUCAAGAAAUUGCUUUCUUUUUUAAGAUUGUGGCUCCAAUAUCUAGAGUUGAGAAGCUUGUUAGAUUUCUGUGGAUGAUGUGCUGAGGGAGACGAGCGGUUGUUAGUAGCGGAGUAUAUGCCUAAUGAUACUCUCUCCAAGCAUCUCUUUCACUGGGAGAAACAGCCACUGCCAUGGGAGAUGCAUGUGAGAGUUGCAUACUACAUUGCACAAGCACUUGAUCAUUGCAACACAGAAAACCAAAAAAUAUAUCAUGACUUGAAUGCAUACAGAGUCCUCUUUGACGAGGAUGGUGACCCAUGGUUAUCUAGUUUUGGCCUUAUGAAGAAUAGUCGAGAUGGAAAAAGCUAUAGCACUAACCUGGCUUAUACUCCACCUGAGUUUCUGAGGACAGGUAGGGUCAUCCCGAAGAGUGUAAUAUACAGUUAUGGAACUGUUCUGCUAGACCUUCUGAGCGGAAAGCAUAUCCCUCCAAGCCAUUGGUUGUUGCUGCUGCCGAGCUUGCUGUGUUGCUGUUGGUGCUAUUGCUGGUGCUCCUGUAUUGCUGCUGGUGCUGCUGAGCUUGCUGUGUUGCUGCUGGUGCUGUUGUUGGUGCUCCUGUAUUACUGCUGGUGCUGUUGCUGGUAGGGGUGGGCUC